UUUAUGCAUUGAGCCUUAGCCUGUUGGUUUAUCUACUUUAUGAUUGUUCACCUUAUCAAAACAGCUUGUUUCUGGCCUGGAGCACAUUAUAUUUUUAAAUGACUGCAAUUUAAGCAGGUAAACCAGAUGAAGCACAUAAAGUAGCAGGAUGGCAGCCAUGGAUAAGGAGUUGCUUAAUAACCAGUCAGUGGAUCUUGGGGGAGGAGUUCGCACAUCUCAUCUUGCCAGGGAUGGAAAUCUAAUAACAUAUUACUAUGAAGAUGUACAGACACUGUAUGAAGGCUUCCUUAGAGGCGUCAAAGUAUCAAAUGAUGGUGAGUUCCUAGGAACCAGGAAGGGAGAUGGUCCUUACUCAUGGAUCACAUACAAGCAGGCAUACAACCAAGCUAGACAACUUGGCUCUGCAUUCAAGGCAAAGGGUCUCGAAUCAGGGGAAGAUACAUUUAUAGGUGUCUACUCAAAUAACAGAGCAGAGUGGGUGAUCACUGAACAGGCGUGUAACAUGUUCUCCAUGGUACUUGUCCCCCUGUAUGACACACUUGGCCCUGAUGCUUGCACAUAUAUCAUCAAUCAGACUGGUAUGAAUACUGUUGUUUGUGACAAGAAGGAGAAAGCAACAGUUCUGCUGAAGAGCAUAUCAGAGACGCCCUCAUUGAAGCAGAUCAUUGUCAUGGAUUCUAUGGAUCAGGGCUUGGUCAGUGCUGCAAAAGAGAAGGGGGUAGACAUUCUACUCUUCCAAGAUAUGUUGGAUUUUGGUCAAAAUAAUAUAACAGAGCCAGUGCCUCCUAAGCCAGAUAAUCUUGCUACAAUUUGCUAUACAAGUGGGACUACAGGUAAUCCAAAGGGUGUUAUGCUGACCCACAAAAACAUUAUUUCAAAUGUUGCUGCUGUCUACAAAAUUGUAAAUGAAGUUGACACAAUAUCACCAUCUGAUGUCCAUAUAUCAUAUCUACCAUUGGCUCACAUGUUUGAAAGAGCUGUUGAGUCAUUCAUGAUUAUGCAGGGCUGUCACAUUGGCUUCUUCCGGGGAGAUGUCAAAUUAUUACUGGAAGAUAUCAAAGUCUUGAAACCAACUUUUUUCCCUGUAGUCCCCAGGUUGCUCAAUAGGAUCUAUGACAAGACUCUGCAAGCUGUCAGUGCUAGUAAGAUAAAGAGUAUUCUCUUCAACUUUGCCAUGAGCAAGAAACAAGCAGAGGUGGAAAAAGGUAUCAUAAGGAAGGAUUCUAUCUGGGAUAAGCUUGUAUUCAAGAAGGUUCAGGAAGGCCUUGGUGGAAGGCUAAGACUGGCUGUUACUGGAUCUGCCCCUAUAUCUGAGAAAGUCAUGAUGUUCUGCCGAUGUGCAUUUGGAUGCCCAAUCCUUGAGGGUUAUGGACAAACUGAAGGUAAUGCUGGCCUGACUGUCACUCUACCAGCUGAUACGACCCCAGGCCCAGUAGGACCCCCUCUGCCCUGUAACCUCAUCAAGUUGGAUGAUGUGUCAGAGAUGAACUACUUUGCUAAGGAUGGCAAGGGAGAGGUGUGCGCUAAGGGUCCCAAUAUAAUGAGAGGCUACUUGAAGCAGCCUGAGAAGACAGCAGAGACCAUAGAUAGUGAAGGCUGGCUUCAUACAGGAGAUAUUGGAAUGUGGAUGCCUAAUGGGACUCUAAAGAUAAUAGACAGGAAGAAGCACAUUUUCAAACUUGCCCAGGGUGAAUACAUUGCACCGGAGAAGAUAGAGAACAUCUACAUGAGGGCUUCACUGGUAGCUCAGAUGUUUGUAGAUGGAAACAGCUUACAGCCUUGCUUAGUUGGUAUUGCUGUGCCAGACCCUGAAGUCCUACCUGGAUGGGCUAGUGACAAAGGUUUGCAGGGGAACUUUGAGCAACUAUGUCAAAAACAAGAAGUGAAGGAUGCUAUACUGAAAGAAAUUACAGACCUUGGCAAGAAAGGAGGCUUGAAAUCAUUUGAGCAGGUGAAGGCAAUACAUAUACACCCUGAGUUGUUCUCUGUAGAAAACGGAUUUCUCACACCAACCUUCAAAUCAAAACGACCACAAUUGAGACAAUUUUUCCAAGCAAAAAUGGAUGAAAUGUAUAGUAAAAUGUGAAUGGGACGAUAAUGUGAAUAACCAAUCAUUCCUUUUGAUGAUGGCAAAGCAACUUCCACAAGCAGUUUUCAUUUGGAAAGUUCAUGUGUUUUUAUAUAAAACUGUGUCUUAGUUGAUUAAGACAAUCAUUAUAUUUUUUAUAUGAUCUAAACAUAACAUUGUAUCAUUAACAGAAACAUAUAUACAUGAUGUUGACUUCCCUCUAAAAUAUGGUGGAAAAAAUACUGACCAUUUAGAUAGAUCAUUCGGUAUCUGAUUAAACACUAAGUAAACACAAAACUGUAACUUGAGUUAAUUUUAGAAUUGUAAAUUUUGGAGGACCAGUACUACAAUGUUACCAUGGUAAUCACCUGGAUAGUGUUGUGAUAAAAAAGAAUAAAACUGAACACAUCAGGCAAGAAAUGACUUAUAGUUGGCUUUGUUGUAUUUUUAUCGCCCAAUUUAGUAUAUACUUGAUUUUCUGAUUGUUUCACUGGAGGAACUCCUUAUGUGUACAUAGUUUGAAAAGAACUGUAAGCUUUUGCAAUUUUUGA